UCGGCUUAGAUCUUGUUACUCGCGUAGACUUGGUCCAGACUCUGUACAAUGAACAUAUGGCUUCAGAAAGUCACAUCUGGGACUACUUAAUCACAGGAAUGGAAGCCACCAGACAAGAAAUUCCUCAUCCACAUCCACAUCGAUAUUCAGCCUCAUUCACAAAUCCACCUUUUACCACUUCGUCCACUUCGUCCACUUCGCCAAGCCCAUUCUCUAAGCGCUAAUCUAGCUUCUUGAAUCAAAACCGCCUAUCUUACCUCGAUCCUUUAUCAUCAUGGGUAUCGAUGUAACCAACGCUAUGGUCGACUUUUGCAAGUGGGCUACAGCAAAGCGACCCGACGGCUCCAAUCGUCGGUACAAGUAUGGGGAUUGCCACAACACAACCUGCCAUUGGUCCAUGGACUACAGCAAGGACUUGUGCCACUGCUUCGACAAAGUCGAAGCGGAACCCAAGACUGUUGCUGAGGAUGCUGUUGAGGAUGCAGAGAAGUAGAGAGUAAGUUUCGAGUGCAGGCACCACUGAAUUAGAAGCUUGUUCUUCUUAAU